UCUCUCUUCUAACCUACGUCGACUUGCAAUGUUUUUCCGUCAUUUAUUCUCAUCGCGAUUGGACGCUCGCCCACAAAUCGAGUUAUUUUCGUCUUCAACCUCGUAAAUUUACGGCCAACAACAUAUUUCGGGUCGAUUAAUUCAGCUUUUUUUGAUAAAGCUUCAUUAUGGCUUUCUUAACCUCACUCGAAUACCAUAUCGACAUUCAGUCCUCUUAGAUUCUUUUCUAUAAAGAUUCCUUUAUUUUUAUUAUUGUCCUUUGUUCCAUCAUUUUUGCCAUUUUUAUUAUUAUUAUUCCUAUCUUUGUGUACUAUACGAAUAUAUCUUUAAGAAGUGAAAUGGUACAGAUGCUUUGUCUGUGGUACAGAAAAUGGCUAUAGAGUAUAUAAUUGUGAUCCCUUAAAGGGAAAAGAAAAAGAACGUCAUGAUUUUAAUGAUGGAGGUCUUGGUUAUGUUGAAAUGUUAUUUAGAUGUAAUUAUUUGGCACUCGUUGGCGGUGGGCCAAAACCAAUGUAUCCUGUUAAUAAAGUUAUCAUAUGGGAUGAUUUGAAAAAAGCACCAGCUAUUACAUUGGAAUUUAAUGCACCUGUAAAAGGUGUAAAAUUAAGAAGAGAUAGGAUAGUAGUGAUAUUAGAAGGUGUUAUAAAGGUUUAUACAUUUACGCAAAAUCCACAACAAUUACAUGUCUUUGAAACUAAUCCCAAUCCAAGAGGAUUGUGUGUUUUGUGUCCAAACAGUAACAAUUCUUUGCUUGCUUUCCCAGGGCGAAAAAAUGGUCAUGUUCAAGUUAUAGAUCUAGCAAACACUGAGAAACAGCCUUUAAAUAUUGAAGCACAUGAAACACCCUUGUCUUGUAUAGCUUUAAAUCUACAAGGUACUCGACUUGCUACAGCUUCUGAAAAGGGUACUCUGAUAAGGGUAUUCGAUACACAAAAUGGUAAUAUGAUUAAUGAAUUACGAAGAGGAGCAAAUCAUGCUAAUAUCUAUUGCAUAAAUUUUAAUCACGAUUCAACGUGGCUAUGCGUUGCGAGCGAUCAUGGUACGGUACACGUUUUUGCGGUAGAAGAUCAAAAAUUAAAUCGUCAAUCUAGUUUAGCGUCAGCUACUUUUUUACCAAAGUAUUUUAGUUCGAGCUGGAGUUUUUGCAAAUUUCAAGUUCCAGGAGGUCCUCAAUGCAUGUGUGCGUUUGGAACUGGCAACAAUAGUAUUAUAGUAAUAUGUGCCGAUGGGAGUUACUACAAAUUUGUAUUUAAUAACAAAGGAGAGUGUUCGCGAGACUUUUACGCGCAGUUCCUUGAAUUAACGGAUGACAAAAUGUGACUGAAAAGUGUAAGGCGUAUGAAUGUUUCAUUACGAAAAGCUAAUGUGACUUUUUUGUCAUCGUACGUCUCGUUGUUGCUUUCGUUUUACGUGUCAAUUGCAGAGGAUAGAGAUUUGCAGUACAUUUUCGCAUCGUCGUGACUAUUGUCGUGCUUGCUAAAAAAAAAAAAAAAAAAAAAAAAAAGAAAAAGGAAGAAAGAAAAAAAACCAGAAAAAAAAUGAGCAUUUUAUGCAGGGAAGCGAAAAUGAGUCUUAAUCUUUUUAAAGUUAGAUCAUUUGACGGAGAGGACCAAAACGAAAAGUUAUAUGAAUUGUUGGUGAUACGUGCACUGUGCAUGAAUUUUUUCAUAAUAAUAAUAAUAAGAUCUAAGGGACAUUUAUUGGUGAUAUCGUUGAUUGUUACGUGGGGCCUAGUGGAGAGAGAGAGAAAGAGAGGGGAAUGCGCUUUCUUACUAAAUUACGAGUUCUUAAUUGUCACGAAGAAAAAAAGCGACAAAAAGGUGAUUGAUCUAAGAGAUCGACUUAUCAAAGUGAUAUCCUGCUUUUCAUAAGAAAGUUUAAACGUCUUUAAAAGAAAUGUUAAAGAUAAGAAUGAAUCAUUAUCACAAGCUGGUGUCUUCUUAAUUUAUAUGCUUUUCAAACACGAAUCAUUGUGUAUAUCCUUUCAUAUAUUCUUCUUUUUAUUUUAUUUUCUUAUUUUUUAUUUCCUUUUUUUAAUUAUUUUAGAAAUUAUUUUGUUUUUUUAAACGAAACUUAAAAAAAAAUUUUUUAGUAAAAUUAUUACAUAAAUUGUAUUAUGUACUUUUUAUUGGUAAUCGAUUAUUGAAAACUAAGUUUACGCUAUCGCCAUAUAGAAUGAAUUCUAUCAAAUGACAAACUAAAAUGUAGAGCGUUUAACUUAAUAAGGUUUUAUAAUUUUUAUUUUUAUUAUUAUUUCCGUACACAUUUAAUAUACAUAUACACAAGAAGUAACUAUACUCGAUUGUUAAUAUUGAAUCCCAUCACAAGAAAAUAUAGAGCAAAGAUUGUAAUUUCACGAAGAUAGAUUUUGAUUGCGAAAUAAAAUUCAUUAUGCCUCGUAA